CGUUGAAACAUUCAACCACAAGGCAGUUCCCAGUAUUAGUGUGACGUGUACCUUCGGCGCGCUCACUAACAUUCAGUUCACUUCGACGUCGCUCCACCUGCGGAUUUGAGAAGUUUCCAGGUUCUGAUGUCCUCAUCGGCAGCUCGAUGGUCAGACAGGAAUAUCCGGAGCGCGCGGAGGUAGAAAGAAUUACCUACUCUGCCCAAGUAGACUAGCUCGGUGAUGAUUCAGUCUGUCUGCUAAAUCAUGGUCACAUCUCUUACGACAAGGAAUUACUGGAGUAGCACUGCAAUCCGCAUGGUAUAAAGAGCCAGUGGUUCGUCCGAAAUUCAAGCUCAAUCCUUGAUAUCCACGGCCUUUGCACAUGGAAGGCUACUGCACGAACACUUCAUUCACCCUCCCUGAAACUAUGGCCAAUUGGCAUAUCAAUCCUCAUUACGAUGCAAUGAAGGCUGAAUCGAAUGCCUGGUUAAAGAGCUUCAAGCCCUUCAACGAGAGAUCUCAGCUAGCAUUCGAGAAGUGCGAUUUCCCACGCCUUGCGGCCCUUGCAUAUCCAUGGGCAUCACAGGAGCAUCUGCGAAUAGGCUGCGACCUAAUGAACGUAUUCUUCGUGUUGGAUGAAUACACCGAUGUCGAGAGUGCGGAAGAGGUCCGCGAGGUGGUUGACAUCGCGAUCAAUGCCAUGAUGAAUCCCGACAAACCGAGGCCAGAGGGCGAGGUGCUAGUCGGAGAACUCGUACGCCAGUUCUGGGCACGGGGAAUUCAAGCAUGCACAGUGACGGCCCGGAAACACUUCGAAGAAGCAUUUACCGACUAUCUCAACUCUAUCGUUGACCAAGCAGUUGACCGGGAUAACGACACUUUCCGGACUAAUAUUGGUGCCCGGCCGGCCUAUAUACCAGCCAUUUUCGGCAUUGACAUACCUGACGAAGCCUUCUAUCACCCUGCAGUGGUCGGAUUAUCGUAUCUUAUAGCUGACAUACUCAUCCUUGAUAAUGAUCUUGCGUCGUACAACAAAGAACAAGCCACCGGAGAUGAUCGGCAGAACAUCCUAACUGUCGUCAUGCACCAGUUUGGAUACACCCUCGACGAAGCGUUGGAAUGGGUUGCAAACUAUCACGAAAGCAUCGAAGCACGUUUCUUGGAUGGUCUGCAAAGACUGCCAUCCUUUGCUUCAGGAUAUAUCCGCGCUAUCGCGAUAUGGCCUCGAAGCAGUGAUUGUUGGAAUUUUGAAAGCGGCAGUACUUUGGUGAUAGAGGACUAG